GUGAAACGACGAAGCUCGCGAUGCUCAAUACAACGCUGCAAAUGAUGGCACGACUUCUCGAAAGGCAAUUGGGAACACCGUCCAGCACGUCGAACGACAGUGAUACCAGCGUUCCACUGCAAAUAACGACAACACCGGACGUAACAGGAACUUUGCCGACGUACUCGGGAACCGAGUCGGAUAAUUUUGAACAGUGGAAAACUGCGGUGGAAUCAAUGCGUGAUCGUUGCGCAUGGACGGAAGCAGCGACGCUAAACGCAGGCAUUUCACGACUUAGGGGCCGUGCAGCCGCUUGGCAUCAAACGACAGGUAACCAGUACAAUGACUGGGCAUCAUGGGCGACGGCGCUGAAAACGGAAUUCGAUUUUGCCAAUGGGUUGCUUACGUUGACGCAAGAGCACAGCGAGAAAACGAAAGCAUGACGGACUACAUGUACGCACGCCUCGAGCGCAUCAGACGUGGUUCAUACAAACUGUCCGACGACGACGUGGUCGACUGGCUCGUACAGGGAGUGCGUUCAGCAAGUGCAAAGCCAAUUUUGGCAGCCUUUCACGAUCUCCGACGCGGAACUAUCCGCCAGUUCUUGCAUUACGUGCAACAACUAGACCGGCGAGAUGUUGGACUGAAAGACGACAGAAAGCCUCCAACACUCAGCAAAACUCCGAAGCCGACCGAAAGAAAUACAACCGACUCUGCGAACACUCCGGCGCCGAAAUACACACGUCAACCGGCCGACACAUGUGCCCGUUGCAAAAAGAAGGGACACACAGCGAUAGACUACCCCGAUCCAGACACACGUACAGAAGACGAAAAAGCAGCAGCAGCACGACGACGUCAAGCGAAAAGUCCAACACAAGGCAUCAACAGUGUCGCCAUCCCAGACACUGGUGGGCGCAGGAUCAUACUGCUGCAAGCCAAUGUAAAUGGCAUCGCGUCACAUGCACUCUGGGACACAGGCUCAGCAGUAACGCUUAUCGAUGAACAGUUUGCACAAAACGGCAACAUUGAAGUUGCUACGGACGUGGACUGGGUAUUGGGUGGUCCAUUUGGCAACUCGUGCAAACCUACUGGUGUGACUCAAGUGAACAUUGUUAUUGGUGCCGCUUGUGCGACAGUGGAAGCAAAGGUAAUCAAGAACCUUCCCUAUGAGGUGAUGGUAGACCUCGACUGGCGACAAGCCAUUCCAUUCGACUAAAUUGAGCGCUUUGACAACGGCAUCCACACGAUCAAAUAUAUUCCGAAACGAA